AUGAAUAAGUUCUUGUGGAUUUGUGCAGCACUGAUGGGAUUAUUUGUUAUGGGUGAGUCCCUGACCUGUAACACCUGCACAGUGGGGAUUACAGGUAAAUGCCUGUUCACCUCCACAGAGACCUGCGAUAACUCUACGCCGCACUGCUACUGGGGAGAGCUCGUCUUCAACAUCAGCAGUUUGGUGAGAGUGCAGCUUCGUGGCUGCCUGGACACGGCUCGCUGCAACCAAACAGAAACAGACUCCCUCCUGACCACCGGAUACACCAUCACCAGGACCUGCUGCAGCACCGACCGCUGUAACGGUGCCACAUCUCUCCAGCUCCACCUCACUGCUGCUCUUGGCACUGCUUUAAUGAUUGUUUGGAGCACCUGGAGCCAAUAA